AUGAAGCCAGAUGACGAUGCACAAUACGUUGGAACCCACGAGAUUGAUCUCAGCAAAGUUCAAUCCUUCAUAGCAAAGUACCCUCGGCCGGAUGACGUUGUACCCGUUGUUGAUUGUGAGGGCAUGGAGUUGGACGGUUGCUUUAUUGGAGCCUGCACCACUACCGAAGAAGAUCUCAUAUUAGCCGCCUUGGUACUUGAACAAGGUCUGAAAGGUGGGAUGAGGCCAUCAGUAAAAGGCAAGAGGAAGGUAGUCCCAGGAUCGAUGACAAUUUUGUUUCGACUACGCCAACUCGGCCUCAUCGACGUUUACCAGGAAGCGGGUUUCGAUAUCGGCAUCCCUGGAUGUAGCUAUUGUGUUGGCAUGUCUGCUGACCAGGCAGCCCCGGGUGAGGUAUGGCUGUCAUCGGAAAAUCGGAACUUCGAGAAUCGAAUGGGAAAGGGUAGUGUUCAAGCCUGCGUGGCAAAUCGCUCGUUGAUAUACUGA